AUGACGGCGCCGGAUCUCGCCAACUUUCCGCUGCUGGUGGACACGGCAAAUGGCUCACAGACAGUUAAGGAAGGGAAGACUCUUUCAUGGGUAGGGGUGGCUCAAUUAGGGCCUGUUUUGGCAACACAUGUGUUGACUUUUGGAUCGGAAGAAGGGAAAGACUUUGUUGAGGUUCCGGACGGUAUAAUCCAGAAUACGGUGCCUUUGUGGGAUGACCUAAUCGAAGGAAAGUUCAUGGACACUGCUCCACAUGUUGGAAAAAUUCACGCAAUAGUGAACAAAAUUUGGCCAUUGGGAAACCGAGCUAUAUGGAUUGAAGUUUUUGAAGUGGAUAAAACUACAGUCAAGUUUAGAAUCAAGGAUGCCAAUACACGAGCACGGAUCUUGCAUCGUGGAAUGUGGAAUAUUGCUAAUAUUCCAAUGGUUGUAUCGAAAUGGACUCCGGAGGAGGAAGAAGAGGAAGUCGAGAUCACUACAAUACCGAUGUGGGUUACGCUAAAGAACGUGCCGAGGAAAAUGUUCUCAUGGAAGGGAUUGGGGUUCAUCGCAAGUGCAGUAGGAAAGCCUAAAAGACUACAUCCCGACACUCUACUGUGUAAGAGUUUUGAGGAAGCAAAGGUGUUUGUGGAAGCAAAUAUGACUAAAGAAUUGCCUAAGUCUCAUCACUUCAAGUCAAACCUAGGAUUGGCGGCUGAUGUCCAGUUCGUAUAUCCCUGGCUACCGUCUAAGUGUAACUUAUGCUCUAAAUGGGGACAUGUUGGAGCAAAAUGCAGUGGUAAAGGUAAAAACAUUCGCAUCUUACAGAGAACAGAGGGAGAAGAGAAUCUCCUAAAGGAAACAGAAAGGAGUGAAUCUGCUUCGAAGCAAGCUGAGAAUAGUGAUGCAUCUAGCUCUGCACCACUACCGGUUGUGCCAGUCAUAACUGAGGGAGAGGAAGUGGAAAAAAGGGAGGAAUGCAAAGAUAUGGGGGAUGACUGGUCAAAUGUAUCUCCAGGGAAGCAAGCAAGAUCAAACCCACAAAUAAAUGAAGUUUCAAACAUCAUUAGUUCUCCCUCUCAAUUUGCUAUCUUGGGAGAGGAUCAUGAUGAGCGACAGAAUAUUUUAAACGAAGAAGAAGGAGAUAGCGAGGAAGGUGAGAUUUUGGAGAAACAAUUACCUGAUGAUUUAGAUCCUCACAAGGGUGAUGAUCAGCAGAAGCAGGAGGUGAUUGAUGAGGUUAAUACUCGGAGAACAUCUACUCGCAAUGCAAAAAAUCAGGCUAAGAAUGGUGGAGAUACAAAGACUCAAAGCACAAGCAGUCUUGCGAGUGCUAUGGGAGAUUUUAAUGAAACUCUUGAUAUGGAGGAUCAUUCAUGGCAUGGAGUCUCCCCUACGGUGACUCAGGGAAUGAGAGAGUUUGGGGAAAUUGUACAAUACUGUUCUCUGAUGGAUCUAGGAGCACAUGGACCGCAUUAUACAUGGUCUAAUAAAAGAACAGAGGGUCUUAUCUCGAAGAAGAUUGACCGAGUUAUGUUCAAUGAUCAUUGGCUUGCUGCCUACCCGCAAUCAUAUGCUGUGUUUGAGAGUGGUGGCUGCUCUGAUCAUCUUCGGUGUCGCAUCCAGCUCCGCUCGGAGUUGUCGCGCCCAAGACGACCAUUUAAAUUUGUAAACGCUAUCACAGAGUUGGAGGAAUUCAUGCCAAGUGUUCGUAGAUACUGGGAAGCUACUGAACCUAUAUUUUCAUCGACUUCAUCUUUAUUUAGAUUCUCAAAGAAGCUAAAGAAUUUGAAGCCUAUCAUACGAGAGUUGGGGAAGACAAAGAUGGGGAAGCUCUCUGUCAAAGCAAAGGCUUCUUUCGAUGAAUUAUGUGAAAAGCAGAAUGAGACAAUGAGAAAUCCAACACAGCAAAACAUGGAGGCGGAGGGUGAAGCGUUUAAGCGCUGGGACUUUGUCUCUGGGUUGGAAGAGAAAGUUUUAAAGCAGAAGUCCAAGAUGCAUUGGUUGGAUGUGGGAGAUAAGAAUAAUACUGCUUUUCAUAGAGGAGCAACUGCAAGAGAAAUAAUGAACUCGAUCAAGGAGAUAGAGUGCCUGGACGGAGUGGUGGUGAGGAAUCGAGAACAAAUAAAAACUGAAGCUGAGAGGCAUUUUCGAGAGUUUCUCCAGUUUAAGCCAUCGAACUAUACUGGUGCUGAGGUAACUGAACUUCAGGCUCUUCUAUCCUAUCGUUGCUCGGAGCUGGAUAAAGAAAGCCUAGUCAAAGAAGUCACAGCGGAAGAGAUAAUGAAAGUCUUGUUUGCAAUGCCGAGUGAGAAAUCCCCUGGUCCAGAUGGUUACACUGCAGAGUUCUAUAAAUCAGCAUGGCCAAUCAUUGGUUCUGAAUUUGUCAUUGCGGUUAAAAGUUUUUUCGAGAAGAGUUUUUUACCAAAAGGAGUGAACACCACCAUUUUGGCUCUCAUUCCAAAAGUAACAGGAACGAAGAAGAUGAAAGACUAUCGUCCCAUCUCUUGCUGCAACGUAAUAUACAAGGUGAUCUCGAAAAUCAUCGCCAACCGGUUAAAGAAGCUCCUCACGGACUUCAUUAGCCUGAAUCAAUUAAUCAGCUUUUGUCAAAGACCGGCUACUACUAGAGAAUCUUCUUCUAGCAACGGAGCUGCUCUAGGACUCCCGGAGAAAUUCAUACACUGGAUAUCUCUCUGUGUCACCACGGCCUCUUUCUCGGUUCAGGUUAAUGGAGAGUUGGCUGGGUUUUUUAAGAGUGAGAGGGGAAUUCGUCAGGGUUGUGCACUCUCGCCAUACCUGUUUGUGAUCAGUAUGAAUGUGCUAUCAAAAAUGUUGGAUAAAUCAGCAGUGGAGAAGAGGAUGGGCUAUCACCCAAAGUGUAAGAAUCUGAGCCUUACACACUUGAGAUUUGCGGAUGAUAUAUUAGUAUUCUCAUAUGGUAACUCUCAUUCCAUCGAGAACAUACUUGAGGUCUUCAAGAAGUUUGAAACCAUAUCGGGUUUAUUGAUGAGUGUUGAAAAAUCCACUAUCUUCUGUGCGGGGAUUGGAGAUAGCGCAAGGAAUGAACUACAAGAACGCUUCAGUAUGGAGGUGGGGAAGCUACCGGUCCGUUACCUUGGUUUACCCUUAUUAACAAAGCGAGAUUGCCUAAAGGAGAUUGAUAGUCUGUGCUGUGCAUUCCUCUGGUCUGGCCCAACACUAAAUGCGAAGCGAGCAAAGGUGGCAUGGGAAAAAGUUACUACUCUGAAGUCGGAAGGAGGAGGAACCAUCUGGGCAGUUAACAGUACAACAACAAUGGGUUCAUGGGUGUGGAAGAAGCUUCUGAAACGUAGAGACAAGGCAACAUACUUCCAUCGAAUGGAAGUAAGAGAUGGACAAGGCACCUCCUUCUGGUAUGAUUCAUGGUCAGAUAUGGGUCGUUUAAUAGAUCUCACGGGAGUUAGAGGAUGUAUUGAUAUGGGCAUUCCAUUAAAUGCAAGUGUUGCGACAGCUAUCGUUAGAAGACCUCGACGGCAUCGUUGUGAUUUAUAUGCUAUGGUAGAAGAAGUGUUGCACAAGCAACGAUGA